AUGGCAAGGCUCAACUUUUUGGGGUUUGUGAUUUCCCAGGGGAAAAUGGAGAAAACUAUCAAGGUUCGAAUCCUUCAGAAGAAGUUCGAUAAUAAAGUGCAAAAGCAUUUCCUUCAAAAGAAAGACUACUUGGUGCAUGAUGAGGGGAAUAUCUGCAGAGAGGGAGAUUUGGUUAGAAUUGAACAAACCAGACCAUUGAGUGCCAGAAAAUUCUUUGCAGUGGCCGAGAUUAAGAAGAACAAAGGUCAGCAAUUCGCAACCUAUCAAAAAGAAGCAAAGGCCAACGUCUCUCAGGAAGAAUCUGAAAAGAGUCAAAUACUUCAGCAGAAGAGGGCCUUAUUCGGCCAAACCGCGACCGAAUCCUUGUACAAGGAUCUUUCUGACAUCAAGGAGUUCAAGAGUAAAGAUAACCUAACCGAAGAAGAAAUCGCCAAAAUGAACCAAAUCAAGGAGAAGUAUAACGUUUCAUUGUCGACUAGUGAACCGGGUGCUAGCAAAACCCGAGAGAUUUUUGCCACCACCAUGGACCACCUUGCCGACAAAAUUGAAGGCCUAUCAUCUGAUUUGAAAGUCACCACCCUUCUAAAUGAGAUCUUGAACGAUGAAAGCAAAAAGCAUAUUGUGGAUCAAAUCUGCCAGAAAAUAGAAAUCAAACCAGAGACUCAAAAGAACAUCAAGAAGAACUUAAUCAGAAAGUACUUGAGAAACACCCCAGCUUCUGAGUUGGAGAAGUUGGGCUUAUCUAUCUAG